AAAUGAAUGGUUUUGGGGAAUUUGAAGGGAAGAAUAUGGGGGGAAAGAAGUUGAAAUUUGGGGAAAAUAGGCGUUUUAGUAGGAAAUAGCUCAAAUGAGACGAGUUUUGUGAAGGAUUGAGACAAGUUUGAGACUAUGGUUAUGAAGCAAAUGGAUGAUUUAAAUAAUUCUAAGAGCUUGAUCAGACCUUUGUCGAGUCAGUAUCUUAAUAUGAGGAAGAAGUUUAUACAUAAGACAAAAGGACUUGGAAGUAGCUUUGAUAUUGAUAAUUCUUCGUCAAAAGUAAGAAAUACAAGGUAUUCUAAUCAUAAGUAUGCCAAAGGAGUUGGAGAGAGGAUUUAUCAGAAGCGUCAAUCUUCUAAAAAUGAGUUAUAUUUCAAAAAUCAAAAACCUCAGAUAUGACGAUCAUUCGUAAAGAAUCGGAAGAAAAGGAACAUUCUUAAUCGUACUGUAAUUUUGAGGAGAGAAAAUGGAAGUUUUAUCACAGAAUCUCACACCAAACUGGGUCAUAAACGUUCAAAUCCUAGAAUAAAGGUGAGAUUCAAGAAGCCCAGAAUGAUCAAGAGAAAGUUUAGGCCUGCUGAAAAAUAUAAGGACAACGAGGAAUGCAAAAUAGUUGUCCCAAAACGCAAGGAUGCUCGAAGGCAUUCUCAUAAAAGGAUAUUAUCUCGUGCUAAGAGGGUCAUGAUCGUCUAUGGAAGCGACCAAUUGCUAAAUUUCCACCAUAUCAAUAAACCUCAACUCGAACGAGCCAGGAGGAAGAUCAGGAAUUAG